ACUGGGGAGGAGAUGUUGAGAGCGGAUGGACACAUUCAGGGCUGGGGGGCGCCAUAGGCUCGACUUGGCAGCUAAUGCAAAGAAGAAGAAGAGUCAGUCAAACAUCCGUUUCCUGUUAAAAGAUCCGCGCUUCAACAUCACAUCAUAAUGCCCAAAUCAAAGGAAGUGUUGACGUCCACAUCUGGAAGUGACUCCGACAGUGAAGUAGAGACUAAGGCUAAAAGAAAGAAGCCAAGUGCACCAGAAAAACCAGCCAAGAAACCAAAAAGUGGAGAAAGCUCCAAACCUGGUGGUUCUUCCAAAGGCAGCGGCAAUGGUGAAGACAACAUGUUCCAGAUCGGCAAGAUGAGAUAUGUCAGCGUUCGAGACUUCAAGGGCAAAGUCCUGAUUGACAUCAGGGAAUACUGGAUGAACCAGGAUGGGGAGAUGAAGCCAGGGAAGAAAGGCAUCUCCCUGAACCCUGAACAGUGGAGCCAACUAAAGGAACAGAUUUCAGAAAUUGAUGACGCAGUUAAGCGAUUAUAAGCAUUCCUUCAGACUUUACCUGUUGAACUAAUUGGGCAUGUUUGUUAGGUAGUUUUGUAAACCUUUGGAUUUCUUUCCCAAUUUGUAGUUUUUAGGUUUAGUUAUCUGCAAACCCUGACUUUGUGUGUGAAAGUUAUUUUGAGCUGUUCUUGUCGGCUGUGGGUGCAGGAGUAGGUGGUUGACCAUUAUACUUGGUGGGUGUAGUGCACCAGAUUCAGUGAAUAGUCAUGUUUUUGUAUUGAUUAAUAAAAACAAUGCACUAGCUUAA